CAACAUCCGGUCCAAAUUCUUCAUUUAUAAGCAAACAAUUUUUGCAUCCUCCUGACUGUCUGCUAUCACAUUUCUUUGCAGGGGACGUCUACAAAUAAAAAAGCUUAUCAGUAUUACGUUUUCAAUACAUAAUUGCAGAGCUGACAUAAAUGGUAGACGUCUCCAAACGUAACCCAAACACAUCAGAUGGCUUAAAGAAACACUGGUAACUAGAAGUUAGUGUCAGGAUGCGUUGUGUUCCUCGCAGAGUUCGUCAACAACGGGUGAUCUUUCUGUUGCUGGUAUUUCUUUUCGGAGUUUACCUAGCUUACAGGCAGCUUCAGGACAGUGAACCCUCGACAACUGGGAUCCGUCCAGAUGGUCAAGUAGUGGAACAGUUACAGCAAAAGUUGAGAGAAAAAGUUAGCGGAAAUCUCAAUCCGCCAAAGAAACCUGUUUUGCCGGUUGUUCAUUUAGAUGAAAACCUUAAAAAUCCCGAAGCUUUUCCUGCGUUAGCACCAGUGUUUCCUGUAGGCAGGGCACUUGAAAAUGAUGACGAUUAUGUCACGGAUGACGAGAGACUGGCCAGACUAAAACUGUUACUUUUAUCGUUAUCCCCAUCAAACUGGAAGACCACACUAGAUCCAGAUGAAAUGAUAUUAUUGACUAAAUCCGAGUUGUUGGAUUUAGGUAUAGAAAGUAAACUUACAUGUAGAGAAAUUGACAGUAUGAAAUCAAGUUAUGGGAGGCAUCAAGGGUUCUAUGGUAAAAAGAUUAUAGACUAUGUUCAGAGAAAUUACGCGUCGGAUUAUGUUCUGAAAAGUGUAGGUAGGGACCAGCAGCUAAAGAUAGAAUGUAUGAAAAUGGAUUAUAGGGAAGACAGGUGUCACCUUAUGGGUAAUUAUAGGCUUGUUAAGGAACUUGUGUUGUUUAAUGUCUUAGACCAUCCCUCAAUAAUAAAAAUGGAAGGCUUUUGUCUGCGGGGAGAAACCAUUGAUCCAAGGGUGAGGAUGAAGGGAGCAAUCAUUGUUACAGAGGCCGGGAAACAGAUGCAGCAGGACCUGUACCAGCUGUUACCAUGGGCAACUAAAGUAGAGCUUGGUAUCCAGCUCAUGAAACUACUCCUGUACCUAGACACUAGUCCUAUAGGAUCACUAGGCUUCGAAAAGCUUCAGAUGAAUGACUUUGUUAUGCUCAACUCGGACAUCAAACUUGUGGAUCUGGAUAACUUGAUGAUAGGAGAGAGCCGCUGCAUCCAUGAUGAAGACUGUAAGAUAGAGAAUGUCCCUAGAAAAGAAAUCCGAUGUGUAGAGAAGAUGUGUAAAGGUCGCAACAUGUGGAAGAACUUGUUUUUGUUACAACAGUCAGUGUUGUCACUGCUGUUGAAAUACUCUCCUCUAGGGGAGGAAUCUUCACAGUUGCUGGAAAGUGUACAGGAACUGAGGCUGACUCCAAAGGAAGUGUUAAAAUGGUUUGAGAAGAAACAAGUUGGGGCGGGUCAAGCUCAGGAGUUUGAGAGACAGAAGAAUGUACAGAAGGAAAUAGACAGAGAAAAUAAAGAGAGACAGCCAGACACUCACAUCAACCAGAAUCCCAAUCAGGUACAGGAAAUGGAUUCCAACACUGGCAACAAGAAUGGGUACAUCAGACAAAGCAAUUCCAACUUUCCAGGCCGCUUUGACUACUCGUGUGGAAAUUCUCGUGUAUCGUGGGGAUGUGUGCUUACUGUGAAAAGCUUGGAUGAGGCAAAGUCACUGUGUGACAGUGAUGCGGCUUGUGCAUCAUUCAUCAUAUUCUCAUCCCAUCCAGAAUCAGAUGGUAUACCUGAUGUAGUUAACCAAAACAGUUAUUGUUGUAUUUCUUACUUGAACGCAUGACAAUUUCACCUUUCAUUUUUUCUGCUCACCUGAGCACGCUGUUGCUAAAUGGUGACAUGUUGUGAUCAGACCUUGUCCUGAGUCCAUCUGC